AUGCUGCCUGCAGCGUCGGGCCGGGCGGGCGGGAGCCGGGAGCGGGCCCCCUGCAGCCCAGCGCCCCCAGAAAAUACAAAAGACAUCCUACUGAUACAUGGAGAAGAUGCUGAGGAAUGGGCUCUGUACUUGAGGGAAGUGUUUUUGCAUGUUGUGAAAAGGGAAGCGGUCCUGUUAUAUUGCUUGGAGAAUUACUCUUUUUGGGAUUUGGAAUUGCUGAGUUUAAACUCUUACAAAUGUAAACUUUUGAUCUUAUCAAAUAGCCUCCUUAAAGACCUAACUCCAAAGAAAUGUCAGUUUCUUGAAAAGAUACUUCAUUCACCAGAAAGUGUGGUUACUCUGUUGUGUGGGGUGAAGAGUUCAGAUCAGCUCUACAAAUUAUUAAAUAUCGUCAGAGGCAGAUGGGAAAUGUCUACCGAGCAGGAGCCCGAAGAUUACAUCGCUGUAAUCGAGAGUAUCAUAUUCAGAGGUUCUGAUGACUACCUUGAGGUCAAUAUUCCAACAGACCUAAAAGUGGAACAUUCUGGGGAAAUAAGUAAGAGACAGGAAAUUGAAGAAUUAUCAAAAGCUUCAAGAGAUACCAUACCACAGGCAAUUGUGCUUCCUGCUGAAAUUCCAUGUGAGAAUCCUGGUGAAAUAUUUAUUAUUUUGAGAGAUGAAGUCAUUGGUGAUACUGUGGAGGUUGAAUUUACAUCAAAUAGCAAAUGUGUUAGAACACAGCCAACCCGUUGGAAUAAGACAGUCUGGUGUAUGGAAGCUUUAGAUUUUCCUGCUGGGUCUGUCAAUGUCCACGUCUACUGUGAUGGAGUCAUUAAGGCCACAACAGAGAUUAAGUACUCUACAAGUGCAAAGGCUGUGGAAUACCUAUUGGGAGUGGCAAGUCCAAGAGAUGGUGUGCGCCAGAAAGACAUUGACGAACUUGAUGAUAUUCUCACAUCCGUAUUCAAGCAUGAAAUACCAUAUUAUGAAUUUCAGUCGUUCCAACCUAACAUCGACCCUCAAAAAGAAUAUACUCAUUUCAAGGAACUUCCAACCCUUCUCCACUGUGCAGCAAAAUUUGGUUUAAAGAACUUAGCUAUCCAUUUGCUUCAAUGUUCAGGAGCAACCUGGGCAUCUAAGGUGAAAAAUUUGGAGGGUUCAGAUCCAGCACAUAUCGCUGAAAGGCAUGGUCACAAAGAACUCAAGAAAAUCUUUGAAGACUUCUCAAUCCCAGAAGUUAGCAGAAAUGAUCAAGAAAAUGACUAUGAAGAUGAUUUUACUUCAUUAUUUGCAUAUUCUUCUACCAUACAGACCCCAGCAUUUCAUCCUGAAGGUGGACAGACAUACAGGCAGUGGGCAGAAGGAGCUGAGGCAGAUGAACUGGCAAAGGAAGAUAAAGAGGGUGAAUCGAGCACAGAGGCCGAGCACAGCCUAGCAGAGGUUGGGGUUGGCACUUCUGCGAACCAGUAUGAUGAUGACUUCUAUGUGUUCAUUCCUGGAGACAAUCUAGAACAUACUUCACGAGAGCCACUCGUCAGCAACAGACCACCUCCCCCGCCUCCACGACCUGUAGCUGCUGCCUUCCCACUGGAAAAACCUCACUGCACAUUGCAGGCAGGGAAAAUGGUGGAAGGCCAAAUGGAAAGAAGUCAAAACUGGUGUGAUCUCGGAGCAAGACAGGAAACAGGAGGUGAGACCAAAGAAGAAAGGAGAGAAAAUGAAGAGGAGAAAGAGGAAGACCCAUAUACAUUUGCUGAGAUUGAAGACAGUGAUUAUGACAUGAUAUUGGCCAAUAUGAGUACAAAGAAAAAAAAUGGGAGUUGGUCUUUUAUAAUAAACAGACCUCCUGCCCCUACACCUCGACCCACAAAUAUCCCUCCAAAAGAGGAAACCACACCUUACAUAGCUCAAGUGUUUCAACAAAAGACAGCCAGAAAACAAUCUGAUGGCGACAGGUUCCACAGUCCUAAGAGACAAGACAGAGCUCGGCUGGAGAGUCAGGCCUUUUCCACUGUGAACUGCCUUGCUGCUGGGCAGGAAGAGCUCAUCCUUCUUCAAGAGAAAGUCAAGAAUGGGAAACUAUCUGUGGAUGAAGCCCUAGAGAAAUUUAAGCAUUGGCAGAUGGGAAAGACUGAACUGGAAAUGAUUCAGCAGGAAAAACUACGCCAGCUACGAGAUUGCAUCAUUGGGAAAAGGCCAGAAGAAGAAAAUGUCUCUGAUAAACUCACCAUUGUGCACCAUCCAAAUGGUAACGAGAGUGCCCGCAAUGAAAAUAUGUUAUAUAACACACCCUUCCGCAAUAAGGAAAGAUUACUAAAGAAGGUUAUUAUAAUGAAACCCAAAAAUCUGCAGACACUGUGCUUUCUGGGUGAAGCAUGCUUGCAUUUGGAUUGCCUGCUGUCUUCAGGGAAAAUACUAUACUACAAAAGCAGAGGCAAACCUCUGGAUUUCAGAAUUUGUCAUUGCCACGAUUUAUUGGCAUUAACCUGCUUCAGAUAG